AUGGAUUCUGUUCGAGGACAACGUGGAAUCCAUAUGCUGCUGGCUGCUGAACAAGAGGCUCAAGAGAUCAUAUCAAAGGCCAGAAACAUGAAGACUGCCAGGUUGAAGCAAGCUAAGGAUGAAGCAGAGUGGGAAGCUACUGCUUAUCGUGCCUCUUUAGAAGAGGAUUACAAAAGAAAAGUUUCCGAGGCAUCUGGUAGUUCUGGCUGGAAUGUGAAAAAGCUCGACGAGGAAACAGAGAUGAAGAUCCAAAACCUGAAGGAUGCAUCCUCAAAGGUUCACGGAGAUGUGAUCAGCAUGCUACUGAAGCAUGUCACAACUGUUUGA